AUGCCGUCGCCGGCCGCAGAGCUGAUGUGGUGGUUCGUCGUCCUACCUCAUCAGAUUCUGUGGAGAGAGCUGGAGGUCCUGGGGGGACCACGAGGGAAUCCCUGCUCAGCAGGCAUCCUCCUCCAGGGCGCGGGCGAAGGCGAGCCCCUCCGGUCCCUGCCUGGGGGUGGCGGGAGCGGUCAGCCCGGCUCUCGGAAGGAGCCAGCGCGACUCGGGGUGACCCCGGUGGGGGCUCGGGGGCUUGGGACGCUGGAGGGCUGGCUGCCUGGUUCGGCCGCCCACGGGCUGGAGCGCCGUGCAUCCCGUAUCGUCUCUCCCUCCAGCAGCUGUCAUUUUCCGUUUGAGGCACGGCAGUACCGUUUUGAUUGGCCAGGCGAUUCCUGGAGAUACCUCAGGGACCAAAUGGCCGGUUCACACGAGGUGCUCUGGCUGCACCCCGUCACCGGACACAGGUUGGAGACUGGCCGUGAACAUGCCUUGGCCAUUGACUAUUACUUUCCACCUCAAAAGACUUGCCUGAUCUGUGGAGAUGAAGCAUCUGGGUGCCACUACGGAGCCCUCACUUGUGGUAGCUGCAAAGUCUUCUUCAAACGGGCGGCUGAAGGUAAACAGAAGUACCUCUGUGCCAGCCGGAACGACUGCACCAUCGACAAAUUCAGAAGGAAAAACUGCCCGUCCUGCCGCCUGCGGAAGUGCUACGAAGCUGGGAUGACUCUCGGAGCCCGCAAGCUGAAGAAGCUGGGUAACCUGAAGACACCAGAUGAGGCGGAGGCAGCCAGCUCAUCCAGCCCCACAGAGGAGCAAGCUCCCAAGAUGGUGAUGACGCGCAUUGAUGGGUAUGAGUGCCAGCCCAUCUUCCUCAACGUCCUGGAGGCCAUUGAGCCUGGCGUGGUGUGUGCCGGCCACGACAACAGCCAGCCGGACUCCUUCUCCAACCUGCUGACCAGCCUGAACGAGCUCGGGGAGAGGCAGCUGGUCUAUGUGGUCAAAUGGGCAAAGGCCUUGCCAGGAUUUCGCAACCUGCAUGUGGAUGACCAGAUGUCAAUAAUCCAGUACUCUUGGAUGGGCCUUAUGGUGUUUGCUAUGGGUUGGAGAUCUUUCACUAACGUCAAUUCCAGGAUGCUUUACUUCGCUCCAGAUUUGGUCUUCAAUGAGUACCGGAUGCACAAAUCCAGGAUGUACAGCCAGUGUGUCAGGAUGCGGCACCUCUCCCAGGAGUUUGGGUGGCUUCAGAUCACACCCCAGGAGUUUCUCUGUAUGAAGGCUCUACUCUUCUUCAGUAUUAUUCCAGUGGAUGGCCUGAAGAACCAGAAGCUCUUUGAUGAACUUCGAAUGAAUUACAUUAAGGAACUUGACCGUAUCAUCGCUUGCAAGAGGAAGAACCCUACCUCCUGCUCUCGGCGAUUUUACCAGCUCACCAAGGUCCUGGACUCCGUGCAUCCUAUUGCCAAGGAUCUGCAUCAGUUUACGUUUGACCUUUUAAUUAAGGCACAUAUGGUGAGCGUGGACUACCCUGAAAUGAUGGCCGAGAUCAUCUCUGUGCAGGUUCCCAAGAUCCUGUCUGGAAAAGUCAAGCCUAUCUACUUCCACACACAGUGAUCUUCCGGAGGGACCUCCCAGUUCUGCCACCCCCAUUUCAGCCAUCUCCUGCCUGUUAUUUCUGCACUACUGUACUGCAGUGCCUUGGGGAAUCCCCUCUACAGAGGCGGUACGCCGAGAAGAGGGACAGUAACAAACGACUACCUGCUGGGAUUCCUGAGAUUUCUACUUUUCCUGAGGUACCUCUGAACUGAACUACCUGCCCCGG